CAAACCGAGAUGACCUGGGGUAGAGGACGAGCGCGGCGAGCCCGCCGUCCGCAGGAGGAGCUGCCCAACCCUCGGCUCUCAGCCUCUGCGUCCGCUCAGGAACCCACGGCCCGCGCUAACUCCGGGACAGGGAAACCUCCGCGGCUCGGGUACCCGGCGGAGACCGGUCGUAGGCCUCGUAGUCGGGCCCACGAGAGUUAACCAACCUGCUCCAGCGGAGGCCGAGGGCCGGGCCGCUGAGCACCUCCCAUUGGCCGCCGAGCCGGCUCUGCGCUCAUUGGCGGAGGCGCUCGGCUGCGGCUCUUGGAGAGUCCCCAUUGGCGCUGCGUUCCACCGACCGGAGAGUGGCGGCCCGGCCUCCGCAAGCUACCCCGGGUAAAGGUGCUCCAGCUCCGUAGCUACCUUGCCACGCUCAGUCUUAGCUGGAAUCUUAACUUCCUUCGCAGCCCUCCUCUUGCUUGUCGCCAAGGCACCUCCGGGUCUUCCCUCUGAUCCUUUUCUUCUUGUUGCUUUUCUUUAUCCUGCCUCUCCAGCUACCAUUUCCCAACUCCGCGUUUUCCUUAAAUAUUCCCUGGUCCCCCUAGCCUGUCAUCCCAGGCAUCCCCACCUGCCACCGUCUAACUUCUGUUCCUCCUUGACCUCAGAUCCCUUGGUCAACAGGGCCUUUUCGCCAGACUCUCCAACACUCCUCUUUCCCCCUUAUUUGCCACCUUCUGACUCCCAAAUUCCCACUAACCUUACUUCACUUCUUGACAUUUGACUCUAACACUUUAGCUCUCUAAAUUUCUACCUGUUGCAGCCUGGACUGCAAAAAGCCAGGUGUUGGCCUUGAUAUCCCUCCCUGCUUCCCGAGGCCGGUGCUACCCCUACCAUGGAAUUCUUGAUGAGUGGUCUGGCAGCCUGCGGGGCCUGUGUGUUCACCAAUCCCCUGGAAGUUGUGAAGACCAGAAUGCAAUUGCAGGGAGAACUGAAGGCUCCAGGAACCUACCAGCGCCACUACCGGAACGUCUUCCAUGCCUUCUUCACCAUUGGCAAGGUGGACGGCCUGGCUGCCUUGCAGAAGGGCCUGGCCCCUGCGCUCCUGUACCAGUUUCUGAUGAAUGGCAUCCGACUGGGCACCUACGGGCUGGCGGAGGCUAGGGGAUACCUGCGCACUGAUGAAGGCAUCCACAGUCCUAUCCGCAGCGCUGCAGCUGGGGCCCUAGCUGGGGUCAUGGGAGCCUAUCUGGGAAGCCCAAUCUACAUGGUGAAGACACACCUUCAGGCACAGGCAAAAGCUGAAAUUGCUGUAGGGCACCAGUAUAAGCAUCAGGGCAUGUUUCAGGCACUAACCGAGAUUGGCCAGAAACAUGGUCUAGUGGGGUUGUGGCGUGGGGCCGUGGGCGGCCUGCCCAGAGUUGUCGUCGGCUCCUCUACCCAGCUGUGCACCUUCUCAUCUACCAAGGACCUCUUGAGCCAGUGGGAGAUCUUUCCUCCCCAGAGCUGGAAGGUGGCUCUGGCGGCUGCCAUGGUGAGUGGCAUCGCAAUAGUCCUGGCCAUGACACCCUUUGAUGUGGCCAGCACAAGGCUCUAUAACCAACCCACUGAUACCCAUGGCAAGGGCCUCAUGUACCGGGGGAUCUUGGACGCUCUGCUGCAGACGGCUCGGACAGAGGGCUUUUUUGGCAUGUACAAGGGUAUAGGUGCCUCCUAUUUUCGCCUUGGCCCCCAUACUAUCCUCUCCCUCUUCUUCUGGGAUCAGCUGCGCUCCUUCUACAGCACAUACACUAAAUGAGUCACGCUCCUGCACUCCAAAUCAACACUCUUUGGGCACCAGCCUCUACUACUUACUAUCUCAGUGACUAUUUACUGACCGAUUGACUUCUCGUGAACCUAAGGGGGACAGCCACACCCACUGCCUCUCAGUUCUCUUAGGUUUGAAUCAUUCUGAGCAGUAAUUUCUGUCUUUCCCAUGGAUAUUGCUUUAAAUCGCCACACAGGUCCCCACACCCAUCUCAGGGUUGAAUCAGACACUCCAAAGUAUAUUUCUACUGCCAUUCUUGGGUCCCUCCUGCUUCUGUACACAGCUUUAAAAGUCCCCCAAGACCAAAGGGAACUGGGGAGAUCCAGGUGUCCUCUCAGAGUCAAAGCCACAGAAACUAUGUUGUUUAUAAAGCAAGUUUAUUUCCGCAGAGGAGGUGUCUUAUGUUUAUGUCCAGGGAGGAAGCAGAAAGAAACUCCCCUUCUCAGAGCUGGGUCCCUGAGUCCUCAGCAGCAGUUAUGUUCCGCCAUCUUUACUGGGGACCAAAGAUGUUGGGAUCGUGAAGAGUCAAACUAGUCACCAGUUGUUCAAAGUUACCCAGGCUCCAAGGUGGACAUGACAGAUUUUCAGGGCCAAGAGACCUGCUGUUAGAGCUUAGGGAACGGGCAGAGAAAGAGGUUUGCAAGAUUACACUUCCUAUUCCCCAGAAGACCAGGAAUCCCUGACCCCCAAGCCCUUGGCUCAUUUCUGCUUCCUUGAAGGAGUCCACCAGCCAAUCUUCCCGUUUGACCCAUCAUCCAAGCCUAACUGUUGGGGGGCAGGGGGGGCGACACCCACUUGCGAGCUUCCCACCCUUUCC